UUUGUGUCGCUGGCUCAGAUGGAGGACUCCCUGCUGAGAAACCUCUUCAAAGGCUACCAGAAGUGGGUGCGCCCCGUCCAGCACGCCAACGACACCAUAACCGUCCGCUUCGGCCUGAAGAUCUCACAGCUGGUUGAUGUGGAUGAAAAGAACCAGCUGAUGACUACAAAUGUCUGGCUCUGGCAGGAGUGGACUGAUGUGAAGCUGAAGUGGGACCCCGAUGACUACCGGGGUAUCACCUCCAUCCGAGUGCCGUCAGAGACCAUUUGGCUGCCUGACAUUGUUCUGUAUGAAAAUGCUGAUGGUCGAUUUGAAGGUUCCUUGAUGACUAAGGCCAUUGUUCGCUGGGAUGGCACCAUAACCUGGACUCCUCCUGCCAGUUAUAAAUCCUCCUGCACCAUGGACGUCACCUACUUCCCCUUUGACCGACAGAACUGUUCCAUGAAGUUUGGCUCGUGGACUUACGAUGGACACAUGGUGGACCUGGUCCUGGUGGAUCACUACGUGGAUCGUAAGGACUUUUUUGACAAUGGUGAAUGGGAAAUCCUGAGCGUGCCAGGAAAGCGCAAUGAGCUGUACUACGAGUGCUGUAAGGAGCCGUACCCCGAUGUGACGUUCACAGUCACCAUGCGCCGCAGGACUUUGUACUAUGGUCUCAACCUGCUCAUCCCCUGUGUGCUCAUCUCUGGCCUGGCCAUGCUGGUGUUCCUGCUCCCUGCUGACUCUGGAGAGAAGAUCUCGCUGGGCAUAACGGUGCUGCUUUCUCUGACAGUGUUCAUGCUGCUCGUAGCAGAGAUCAUGCCUGCAACUUCAGACUCCGUUCCUCUGAUUGCUCAGUACUUUGCCAGCACCAUGAUGAUUGUGGGCUUGUCUGUAGUGGUAACCGUCCUGGUUCUUCAGUUCCAUCACCAUGAUCCUCGAGGAGGGAAGAUGCCCAAAUGGGUCCGAGUCGUCCUUCUCAACUGGUGUGCUUGGUUCCUCCGCAUGAAGAAGCCUGGAGAAGAAGAAGGCAAAAUGGCCGUGAGCUCGACUAACCCCUCGAACUUCAAAUACUCCCAGUCGCCCCCGCACCACACCAGUACAAGCAGCAUUCAGAUGAGCACUAUUCCAGGACAGUCCACUCAGUCCACCACGACAAACGGCAACAUGAACCUUUUCUUCGGCUACCACGCGAUGGGCACAGAUAACCCAGCUUUCCCACCAAGCACUGAUUCAGGACUGAUGGUGUGUGGCGGGGGAGGGAACCACCAGAACGGCUCCUCCCAGCCUGACAUCCACUCGGACCAAACGCGGACUUUGCUGCUGGAACAGAUUCCAGAAAUUUCGCACAUCCUGGAGGAAGUUCAGUACAUAGCAAGGCGCUUCAGGGACCACGACGAGGGCGAGGAAAUCUGCAGCGAGUGGAAAUUCGCGGCCGCUGUCGUGGAUCGGUUAUGCUUGGUGGCUUUCUCGUUGUUCUCCAUCAUCUGCACCUUCACCAUCCUCAUGUCAGCUCCCAACUUCAUUGAGGCGGUAUCCAAGGACUUCACAUAA